AUGAGGUUACAAUUGCUAAUCUUCGUGUUGUUUGCCAAUCUAGUCAUUUCGAGGAAACAUUACAAGGGAAGAAAAUACGAUUUGACACUAUUCGUCCGGAAUCACAACGUCUCGGAUGCCACGUUCUUCCGAUUGGUUGGUGUCGACAAUACAGCAGAUUUCAAUGUUUCAGCUGGAAACACUUUUGAACAUACUUUUGAGGUGAGACGAAAAGGAUUCUGGACAUUGUUCGUCGAGUUCCCAGGAGAUCGUUAUGCGAAGUCGCCGAGAAAAAUAAUUUCUCGUGACUCGUACCGUAAAUGGGUGAUGGAAGUAUACUACUAUCCUGGUGCCGUCGGCUUCUCCGAAUGGCACAAACUAUCUCGUCGAGGUGAAAUGCACAUUCAUGGAUGA